AUGGUGGAGCUUGGAAAUCGUUGGGUGGAGCUUGGAAAUCGUUGGGUGGAACUUGGAAAUCAUUGGGUGGAACUUGGAAAUCGUUGGGUGGAGCUUGGAAAGGUGAAACCUGGCGGUGGAAGUGUGAAGCCCGGUGGUGGAAGUGUGAAGCCUGGCGGUGGAAGUGUGAAACCUGGUGGUGGAAGUGUGAAGCCCGGUGGUGGAAGUGUGAAGCCUGGCGGUGGAAGUGUGAAACCUGGCGGUGGAAGUGUGAAGCCCGGUGGUGGAAGUGUGAAGCCUGGCGGUGGAAGUGUGAAACCUGGCGGUGGAAGUGUGAAGCCCGGCGGUGGAAGUGUGCAGCCUGGUGAUGAACUUAGAUAUUCUCAAGAGAAAACAGAAAACAGAUGUGAAUAUGUUUAUGGUAUCUUCUCGACAG